AGGGCAUGUGGUCAUUGUGCCUUCAGGGCCACCUAGCGAUUCUUCAGCUUCGAGAUGUCAAAGAUACUGAAUGGAUUCUAAAGGCUACGUUGACCAUGUUUGAGAAGGCGGUACAACUUGGCACGCUUUCUGAAGAGCUCUAUCUAAGUCUGCUGACGCUUCUGGCUGACUUGAACAUGACGACCGAUGUGGAGACCGCAGCCGCCCGCGGCACCGAGCAGCAUCCUGCAUCUUCCAGAUUGUGGCUGGCCAGGCUGAGGGCAAUGGCUGAGCAGCUGGAGGGCGAGAAGAGCGGGAAGAAGCUUGAGGAUCUGUUGAGGACUGCUCUCCGGAAGGUGCCUGCAGAGGAAAGCUGGCCCCUAUGGCAGUUUGUACUCAAUUACUUGGCGCUGAUCAAAUGUCAAGGUCUGGAAGCACUAAUGGAGAGAGCAUGCCGGAGCGUGACCCCACAAGUGUGUCUUCCGGCCAAAGAAUGGUGCCUUCACUGGACGUUCAGGCAAGGUGGUCUCAAGCCGGUCAGGAUGGUCUACAAGAGCCUGAAGGUGAUGCGGCCCAUUAGUCUGAACCUCUACAGACUGUACAUCAACAUUGAAUGCUCACAGCUGGAACCAGACCUCAAGUUAAUACGAUCAGCCUUUGAGGAAGCUCUAACUGAAUUUGGCCAGAAUGAGCCAGAUUUGUGGCUGAACUACAUGGAAAUGGAAAAAGUAGUGGCCAAAGAAACUGCAAAGUCAGCAGUUAUACACCAGAGGGCGCUGCAUGGCCUGGACCCUCAUUUAAAAGAGAGCUUUAUCAGGAAGCAAGUCAUGCUUGGUCUCGGAUGUUAG